AACGGAGGGUUAUUAUGAUUUGAGUGUUUGUUAAAUGAAUGUAAUGCAAAACCUGCAAACAUUAACGAACGUGUAUCAAACGCAAUUUAACGUACCUCCAGUAACGCAACCAGCUCCGCCGAAAAAGCCCGAUUUUCGGCAGAAUUUUCGCACCUUCCGGUCGGCAUGGCGUCGGAUUCGCUCAAGAGCUGCCUGACCUGCUGCCGGCAGACGGAAAACUUCCUGCGCAUCACCGAGAGCGACGAGGCGAGCGAGGAAAACGUCGAAGCUGUUUUCGCCACACACUUUUGGUUUACCAAGGACGAGUGCCAUGGUCGCAUCGUUUGUACCAGCUGUUGGGAGAAAAUUGACGAUUUUCAUAAAUUUUAUUGCGACGUGAAGAAGGUACACCAUCCGUUGAUCAAACAGGAGCAGGACGAUGGGUUGGAGGAGCCGGUUUUGGAGAGCAAAGAGGACGUAAAAGGAGCUGAUGAUCGUCUACUGUAUGCUGAGGUUAUAUGUAAGCUAGAGGAGGAAAACAAAUCGGAAAUCGCCAGCGAGCCUGAAGCUAACAACCCAAACGAUGACGAGUCAACCAGUUCAAGUGAAUCGGAAUCGAACUCAACAUCCUCGGACUCUGAUUCGGACGUUCCACCGGUGAGGCGAACCAAGCGUAAACGGAGAACAAGGACAAACAUUGAACUGAACUGCAGCUUGUGCGCGGAUGAAGGAACGUACUGCGAGCCGUUCUACACGUGGUACAAGUUGAAUGUGCACUUUAAGCAAACCCAUGGGCAGAAUGGAUUCAUGUACUGCUGCAGCAAACGAUUCGUUACGAAGCCGCUCUACUUGAAGCACAUUAAAAGUCAUGGACGAUCAGCGCUGGAGCAAAAGCACUGCUUGGAGUGUAAGUGUUCGUUCAAAGAGAGUGGACUGGCUCGGCACAUGAUCAUUUUCCAUACCCCAGAGGAAGAGAAGCAGUUCAAGUGUGAUCGCUGCGAGAAAGCAUUCCCCGAAGAGGAUCUGCUCAAAAGUCACAUAAGCUGGCACGAUGAGGUGGAGCAGCUGAAUCAUCACUGUGCGAUUUGUAACCGGUACUUUACUGGGGCAGGGCUCUUGAGAACUCACAAUGAAAAUCAUCAUUCAACGGUGCCAGCGGAAACGGCGACGGAGGCCAUGUCUGCAGACAGGCGUAAACGAAGUACGCCGGAAGAUAUCGCCAAGCAAGAUGAACUUAUCAGCCAGUAUGUCACAAUGAUCUGCUCAAAGUGUGACUUUGUUGGUGCAAACUUUAAAGAACUUUCGUCACACGCUAAAAGUGCGCAUAAUAUGCCCACUUACUCGGUGAUUUGUUGUGAACGAAAGUUUAGCAAACGGUUCCGCUUGUACGAGCACUGUCUGAAACAUUUGAACCCGGACCACUUCAAGUGCGAACUUUGCGAUAAAACGUUCACCGACAGUGACGGUCUGCAAAGUCACCGCUGGUUCAUCCACACGCCCGUCUCGGAGCGACCUUUCAAGUGCGAUGUAUGUGGCGAUGCUUACGUUAAAGAGUACUUGCUAAAGGCUCACAUGGAUCGCCAUCUGGACAAGGAACGCAAGACGCACACCUGUGACUCGUGCGGUGUAACGUACACCACGCUGCCUCAGCUGAAGGCCCACCAGCAGAACGUCCACGGUGCGAUGAGCGAUUGGGUUUGCGACGUGUGCGCCAAAGGAUUCGCCCACCGUGCCCUGCUUGAGCGACACCGCCUUACGCACACAGAAGAAGGCCAGAGAAGUUUAAAGGAACAGUGUGAAAAGUGCCACAAAUGGCUCAUCAACAGGACGUCGUACUUGCGUCACCGGAAGCUCUGCGGAAACAGUACCGGACCGGCCAAGUGCGAUCUGUGCGAGCACGUUUCGGUUAACGCUCACGCGUUGUCCGUGCACAAAAAGCUUAACCAUACGGAUCGUCCCAAGUACGCUUGCCAGUACUGUGGCAAGGAGUUUAAAAAACAGUUGCGAUUGAAGGAACACGAAGCAAACCACGCCGGAAUCGUGCUGUACAAGUGUCCGUUCUGUCCGCGCGAGUGCAACUCCAGCUCGAAUAUGUACACCCAUAAGAAAACGGCCCACGCGGAACAGUGGGCGGCCGUCGUGGCAGCGAAGCACAGCAAAUGAAAUGGUGCACCUUUUCUGUGACAGUUAGUGGAAUAAACAUUUAAUGAAAUCGGGAA